AUAGGAAAGUGGCAUCUUGGGAUGAACUGUGAAAGCAGUAAUGACUUCUGUCACCACCCCCUCAGUCAUGGAUUUGAUUACUUUUAUGGGCUUACCGUGACCAAUUUGAGAGACUGUAAACCUGGCCAAGGCAGCGUAUUUUUAAAAGCCAUUCAGAAAUCCCUUGUCAUCCCAAUCCAAAUCGCUGGAAUCACCCUGGUCUCUUUGGCAAUAAUGCAGUACAUUGGCCUCCUCAAAGUACCUUUCCAAGCACUGGGUUACUGCUUGUUAAUAACCGCUAUUUUACUUGCGGUUUUGAUUUUUUUCUUUUAUCAUUUUCGACACUUGAACUGCUUCUUAAUGAGGGAUCAUCAGAUCAUCCAGCAACCACUGUCCUAUGAGAACCUUACUCAGAGACUGACAAAGGAAGCCGUGCAGUUUAUAAGAAGGAACACUGAUGCACCAUUUCUUCUUGUCCUGUCUUAUCUUCAUGUCCAUACUGCUCUUCAUGCUUCAGGAAAUUUCAGAGGAAAGAGCAAGCACGGUUUAUAUGGAGAUGCAGUGGAGGAAAUGGACUGGAGUGUGGGGCAGGUUCUGCAUGUGCUGGAGAAACAUAAUCUGAGUGAUAAAACUCUUGUAUACUUUACAUCUGACCAAGGGGCUCAUGUGGAAGAAAUCUCCAGUUUUGGAGAAGUCCAUGGAGGAUACAAUGGCAUAUAUAAAGGUGGAAAAUCAACGAACUGGGAAGGAGGUAUUCGUGUGCCAGGGCUUAUCUGUUGGCCUGGAGUGAUACAGGCUGGUACCUAUAUUGAUGAGCCAACAAGUAACAUGGAUAUAUUUCCUACCAUAGCCAACCUUGCCGAGGCACAGUUACCCUCUGACAGAAUUAUUGAUGGACAUGAUCUGAUGCCCUUACUUCAAGGAAAAGUUACCCGAUCCAAGCAUGAAUUUCUCUUCCAUUACUGUAAUGCAUAUUUAAAUGCAGUGCGCUGGCAUCCAGGAAACAGUGAAUCUGUCUGGAAAGUCUUCUUCUUUACUCCAAACUUCAGUCCUGAAGACUCCAAUGGUUGCUACAAUUCUCACGUUUGCUUCUGCCAUGGAAGAUUCAUCACAAGGCAUGAUCCCCCACUGCUUUUCGAUCUCUCCAGAGACCCUGAAGAGAGAGUCCCACUGACUCCAGAAACGGAGAGCCGUUUCUACGAAAUCCUCAAGGUCAUACACCUAGCAGUAGACAACCACACCAGGUCCCUUCAUGCUGUCCCUGACCAGCUGUCAUGGGACAACCUUAUCUGGAAGCCGUGGCUCCAGCUGUGCUGCUCAUCCCUCUUUCAGUCUUGCUACUGUGACUAUGACUCGGAAGGGAGUUUGCUGGAGGUGCAUUCAGGAUAA